CUGCCCAUAUAUUAAUGUUAGUUUACAAGAUCUACAAAUAGUGGUGUUUUUUCUCAUAUUUUUCGCACGUUGCUCCAUGAAGUUGUAAGAGAGAGAGAGAUUCUAUAUGUUUUGUGGGCUUCUGGUUGGAAAUAUUGAGUGGCUAUUUGAAUUUGAAAAAGCAUUGUUUGAAGCAAAAUCACUGAAAAAAGAAAAUGGGGAAGGCUACAAAGUGGCUCAAGGGGCUUCUUGGGAUGAAGAGAGAUAAAGAAAACGUUGAAAGCGAUAAGAGAGAGAAGAAAAGGUGGAGUUUUGCAAAAUCCGGCAAGGAUUCCGGCGGAUUCAAUCAGAUUCCGGCGGCUGAUCCGGCUUGGUUGAGACCCUACAUUGGCGACACUGAGAAGGACCAGAAUAAGCACGCUAUUGCGGUCGCGGCGGCCACGGCCGCGGCGGCCGAUGCUGCCGUCGCCGCCGCUCAGGCCGCCGUGGCGGUGGUCCGGCUGACCAGCCAAGGGAAAGGGGGAGGCUUGUAUACAGGUGGCAGAGAGAGAUUGGCUGCUGCCAAGAUUCAAACUGUGUUUAGAGGAUUUUUGGCCCGAAAAGCGUUACGGGCCCUAAAAGGGCUGGUGAAGUUGCAAGCUCUUGUUAGAGGCUACCUUGUGAGGAAGCGUGCAGCUGCAACACUUCAUAGUAUGCAAGCUCUGUUUCGGGCCCAAGCUGCCGUACGGUCGCAACGGGCCCGUCGUUCGAUCGGGAAUGACUACCGAUACCAACUCGAGACACAACCGAGAAAGCCCGUGAGCCGAUUUGAUGAAAAUCGAGGUGAGUUUUACAACAGAAGGGUCGUCGCAGGUUCCUAUGACCCUUCUGUUAACUCAUUCGACGAUAGCCCAAAAAUCGUCGAAAUUGACACUUGCGGCCCGAGAUCGAGGUCUAGGCGGAUGAACGGGUCCGUGUCCGAGUACAGCGACGAUCAUUGCUACCAAGCAGUAUCGUCGCCUCUCCCGUAUCCGGUCCCGGCCCGCUUGUCCAUCCCCGAUUGCCGCCACCCUCAAGAUUUCGACUGGGGAUUCGUCACGGAGGACUACAAGUUCCGGACCGCCCAAAACACCCCGAGAUUCUCGUGCUCGGGCCGGGCCCAUGUCCCGGUCACGCCGCCAAAGAGCGUGUGUGGGGACGGCUUAUUUAGGCCGUACUCGAACUGCCCAAACUACAUGGUGAACACGCAAUCGUUUAGGGCGAAGCUGAGGUCGUAUAGCGCCCCGAAGCAAAGGCCCGAAUCGGGCCCGAAGAAACGCCUUUCGUUGAACGAGAUAAUGGCUUCAAGAAGUAGCUUCAGUGCCGUUAGAAUGCAGAAGUCAUGUUCUCAAGUUCAAGAAGAUUUUGAAUUUUAGGAUAUGAAUAUUUAUAUGAUAUGCUAAAAUUAUGCAUCUUUGUCAACAUAUAAAAACUCUCUCUACAUGGUUUGUUUUCUUGAUAGAAUAUAACAGAAUGCUUAUGUAAAUUCCUUGACAAAAGUAUGUUAAGCACCUUGCUUUGAAGUAAUGAAAUCAACUUUUUUUUUGUUU